CGGAUCGUGGACCAAGUGAUAUUCAAUCGCCCACCGAGCGAUGUGUCGUGUUACAGUUUCUGAAUAAAACGCGAAUCGUAACUUUUAUAAUUGAUACAAGUCGUUCGAUAUACCGUUUCGAAAAGUCGUCGCUGAAAAAAAACCUAACAUAAAAUACUGUACAUUUAUAAUUUUUUUUUUUAUUUGUAACUCGUUUAGACGCCAAAUCUACAUCAGUCAAAGGAUUCACACAAUGGCUACGUGGUGCUCCGCAAUAAUGGUGUUGCUGGCAGUGGGCCGAGGCCUGGGACGACCCGAAGCACCGCUGACCGGUUUUGGUGGAGGCGGUGGAGGAUUCCCUGGGCUCACGUUGGACAGCUACGCAGCCCCCAUCAGUGGCGGCAGUAGCAGUGGGCCGUACCCGAGUGGUGGGCCACCGCCACAGUACGGGCCACCACAGCAAGCGCCCGUUAUACACAAGCACGUGUACGUGCACGUUCCGCCCCCAGAGCCCACGUACUACGCCCCGAAGAAGCCUGUGCAGCCUCCGCCACCACCGCAGAAGCACUACAAGAUCGUGUUCAUCAAGGCACCCACACCGCCACCACCCACCGUGCCAGACCUCCCGCCGAUCGCGCCGCCAGCCGAACAGAAAACGCUCAUUUACGUGCUGGUCAAGAAACCAGACGAGGCGCCCGAGAUCCACAUCCCGACGCCCGCACCCACGCAGCCGUCCAAACCGGAAGUGUACUUCAUCAGAUACAAGACCCAGAAACAAGAAGGAUACCCCAACUCAGUGGCUUCCGAGUACGGACCACCUGCGAGUCCGUCUCCGUCGAUCCCGUCUGACACGUACGGCUCCCCAUCACCGUCCUCCGGAUACGGAGCGCCCAGCGGUCCUGGAUCACUGUACUGACGGAAAAAAAACUGUCAAUGAAACAAGGCCAAGACUAUGAUAAACUAACAAACUAACAAACUAUGAUACGAUACCUACGUCGUCUAAUAUAUAUAUAUUAUAUAUAUAUCAUGGUCCAAAAAUGAAAUCGAUUAUCAUAUAUAAAACAAGCAAUAUCAAAUAAAAUAAGAUUAUAUAGGUUAUGCACGACGACACCUGCGAAGUUGUACAUUAUAUUAUUAUUAUUAUUAUUAUUAUAUUAAUUAUAUCCGAACGUAGGACGAGGAUAACGCGUAUAUCGACGCCCCAGAUCAAAACUGCAACAACCCAAAUAAUUGGUUUGUUGGGUAUAAUGUGUUUUCUAUAUUGUUUCUCUAUGUAACGUAAUGUAAAUCAUAAUUUUGAAAAUGCUCUCUCGUGGUCAAUAAUUUAACUAUAUUUUAUUGUGUUCUUGAACUGAAAUCGUUACAAGAUCGUCUAUAAGAUGGUGUACAUAACUUGAAUUUGUUAUAACUCGAGUUGUUGCAGUUUUGAAGUGGGGCGUCGAUAUUAUAUAUUAUUAUAUUUAGUGUUGCCAUAAGAAAAAUCUUAUAGAAUAUGCGAAACGUCCGUUUCAAUAAUAAUAUGCAUUAAAUAAUUAUAAAAAAACAGGUGAUCUGCAAAAAACGACCUAUCGAACAUUUAUAUAGUAUAAUAAUAGAUAUACCGCAGCCAAUCUAACGACCGACGUGAAUAUAAUAUAUACCUAAUAUACAUCGAAUAAAAUACGAUUUAUUAUUAUUAAUAUUAUUAUUGGCCUACCACCACCCGACCACCCUCGUAUGUUUGCACUUGCCAUUUCUACGACAUUUCAAAGGACGACUUUAUAAUAAUAUUAUCAUACGUAUAUAUAAUCAUACUAUAUUCAUCUCACCCCCACGAAAUUCGCAAUCCCAUCCAAAACGCGUCGUUGUUUAUACAUACACAAUACACACAAGUACACAAAACACAUAAAUAUAUAAUACUCUAUUAUAAAACGUACUCCUACUAAAUCGUCAUUAUUGUUAUUGUUUACUUCGUCCAGGUAUUAAUUAUUCCAUUAUCAUAAAAGGUAAAUUAUCGCAGUAUCAUAUAAACUGUGCACAUUAUCAUGUGUGAGUAUAAUAAUAAUAAUAUGUCGGCGUAAUUGCGUGACCAUCGCGAUGUUUUCACUUUCUCUCGGUCUCAGCGUAUGGGUAAUACCUACCUAUUCGGAAUUCUAAAUUUUUGUAAAAUUAUUAUGUAACUGUAUUUUUUCACUCUGGCGGAUUCCGUGAUACGUGUUUGGAUGUAUACAAUUAUAAUAUGCGUACAAUAACACACUAUUGAAUACCUACGUCUAUAUUAUACAAUCAUAUUCGCGUGAUAUUAUAAUGUGCUCUGUAAACUGCAACGAUGUUGUUAGAUAACCAAAACAUAUUAAACAUUUUUUUCAUUUUAACUUUUUCAUUACACUCGUACGUAUUUGGGCAAUCAAUGCGAAAACAUCGGUCUGUUAUAUGCGUUUAUAUAGCACCUAUAACACCUAACCACGGUUCCACGAUAUCGAAUAAAAAAUAAAAUAAACACUCGUACCCAUAGUAUGUUUAAUGUAAUGUAAAAUAAUCACGUCACCUUUACAUUAUAGAUAUGUAUUAAUAUAUUACUUAGUUGUAUAAUAUCCAACUGUUAUACUAUUAUUUUUUUUACUUUUUAUUUUUUUGUACAUAUUUAUAUUGUUAUUAUAUUUUAUAUUAUGUUAGCAUGUAUAUAUCAACUUAUUGUGUGCAUUUGUUUAGUACUUAAAUAUAAACUUCAUUAUCUACUCUUUA